AAUAUUUGGCUUGUGCGGUCUCUUUCCUUGCUGAGUUUUGAGGCUCGAAGUGACUCCUUUAUCCGCCUGGGUCUCCUUCGGUCUUUCGAUCCGCUUGGGUCUUUAUCACCCCACCUGGGCCCGCUGCCGUCCGCACGGGUCCCUCGCCAUCCGCUCGGGUCCCACUUCGACUUCUGCGGCUCGAGUACCUGGAUCCCUUUUCCAUCCGCCUGUUAAUGAAUCUUGGCCCCAGAAGUUCUUGAGGGCCGGCCGCUGCGGAUGGCGCGCGGCUUCCUGUGCGCAGCAUCUCUGCUGUGCGUCUUGGAGGGCGCCGCGUCGGUCGCCGCGGGCAGGAGGAAAUCGUUCACGCUCCAGCUGAAGGAGUUCGCGAGCGUCACCGAGAUACCCGCGCCGCUCCUUCCGGGCCAGCCGCCGGAAACGCACCGCGUGCGCAGGCAGAUCCAUGUGACAGAGUAUUACGGGAAGAUCGCGAUUGGCAGGCCACCUCAGUUAUUUGAAGUCGUGUUCGACACGGGCUCUGGCAACAUCGUGCUCCCCACCAUCAAGUGCAGCGACGAGGUCUGCACGCGCCACCGGCGCUUCCGGAGCGAGGCCUCCACCUCCUCCGUCCAGCUGGCGUACGAGGACGACACCCCGCUCGCGAAGGGCCAGUCUGACCGGGAUACCACAAGCAUCACUUAUGGCACCGGCAAGCUCACAGGAGAGUACAUCCGCGACAACAUCUGCUUCGGCCUUGGUGUGGAGAAGGGCCAGGUGUGCACCCAGUCCAAUUUCCUGGGUGUCACCCAGGAGUCGAAGUACCCCUUCAUCGAGCUGCCCUUCGACGGCGUCUUCGGCCUGGGCCUAGCUGGCCUUUCCACUGGGCCGAACUUCAAUUUCGUCAACAGACUUAAGGGGAAUGGCUCGAAGGUUGAACCAGUAUUUGGCGUCUUUCUUCGAGGCUUGGACCGUGACGAGGACAGCGAGAUUACGUUCGGCGACUGGCGGAAAGAGCGCGUGGCCACUGGCGAGAAGUUGCACUGGCUGCCGAUUCCUCAAGACGAGGCAGAGGACAAAGGCUACUGGUUGGUGACUAUGCGCGAUGUCUACGUUGGGGGCAAGGCCUUGAACUUGUGCGGCCCGGCUGGCUCGGGGGAUCGCUGCAACGUCGCCAUGGACACCGGCAGCUCCCUGACCAUGGCAUCACCAUACCAGGUCUCGGAGAUGCUUGGCGCUGUCGGUCUCAAGUAUGACUGCUCUAAUUUCGAGCACCUGCCAGAGCUGAAAUUCGUGUUCGACGCUGAGGCUGGCGGCACCUACAACAUGGUUCUCACGCCUGAGGACUACGUAGACCAGACGCACGAGGGUUGCAUUACCGGUUUCCAGCCCAUAUCGUUGCCGCCCGAGCUCGGGAGGAUGUGGGUCUUCGGCCAGACCGUCCUGCGGAAGUACUACGCGGUGUUCGACGCGGAGCGGUGGCGCGUGGGCCUCGCCGUGGCCGCCCACACCGCGAGGAAGCGGGCCCCGCCCGCCGAGCCCACCGAGCCGCCGGCGGAGAAGCCCAGGGAGGUCUGCGAGGACCAGAAUGUGGAGAUGCAGAAGGCGCCCUUCUCAUUGCCGGGCUGCGCGACCUUCGCCAAGAUGGGCUAUUGCAAGAGGUUCACACCUCUUGCACAACAUUAUUGCGGAUUGUCCUGCAAGCUGUGCCAGCCCACCGGUCAGAAUGCCACGCAGCCGAAGCUGAAGUUUGUGUCUGCCAUGACGCACAGAGCGGGCGAAGGCGGUGCAGUUGUCAACGGCCGAGGCAUGUCCGUGGCCAGCCAGGCUGCGAGGGUGGUGCACCCACGGGACGCGGGCGAGAUGUUCUGAGACCUGCCCAGGUCCGGCGCCAGGACCGCCGAGGCCUGGAGCGUGCCAAAGUGUGAAAAGGCGCGAA